AUGGAAACUCUUUUCAGGCCUUCUCCACUUCCCCUACUUUGCACUUCUAGGCUUAAUUCAUCACUGAAUUCUCCAUUUUUACAUAACAUCCCUUCAAGAAAAGUUCAUCAAAGAGUUAAAAGCAGCAAAUUUCCUAGCUUUCUUGACUUGGAACCUGUGUCGAAACCGGAACCAAUAGAUUUUGAUCUCUCAUGGUUUGAUCCCUCUGAUCGACGUCAUUUUGAUGUGAUCAUCAUUGGUUCAGGUCCGGCUGGGCUUCGGCUUGCUGAGCAAGUGUCCCGGUAUGGGAUUAAGGUAUGUUGUGUUGAUCCUUCACCCCUUUCUAUGUGGCCAAAUAAUUAUGGUGUGUGGGUUGAUGAAUUUGAGAGUUUAGGACUUGAGGAUUGCUUAGACAAAACAUGGCCCAUGACUUGUGUUUUUGUUGAUGAUCAUAAAACCAAGUACUUGGAUCGUGCUUAUGGUCGAGUUAGUAGAAAGGAAUUGAAGUUGAAAUUGUUAGGUGGAUGUGUGGCAAAUAGUGUCAAAUUCCAUAAGGCCAAAGUUUGGAAAGUAGAGCAUGAGGAGUUUGAGUCUUCAAUUGUUUGUGAUGAUGGCAUUGAGUUGAAGGCAAGCUUAAUUGUUGAUGCAAGUGGCUUUGCAAGUGCAUUGAUUGAAUAUGAUAAGCCAAGAAAUCCUGGUUAUCAGAUUGCUCAUGGUAUUUUAGCCCAAGUGGAUAAUCAUCCCUUUGAUUUGGAUAAGAUGGUUCUCAUGGAUUGGAGGGAUUCUCAUCUUGGAAACGAGCCAUAUUUACGCUCUAGUAAUUCAAGAUUUCCAACAUUUCUAUACGUGAUGCCUUUUGAUUCAAAUCUAAUAUUCCUAGAAGAAACUUCUCUUGUUAGCAGACCUGUUUUGUCAUACAUGGAGGUCAAGAAAAGAAUGGUGGCAAGGUUAAGGCAUUUAGGUAUAAAAGUACAGAGUGUGAUUGAGGACGAGAAGUGUUUGAUCCCAAUGGGAGGACCCCUACCGCAGAUCCCUCAAAGAGUGAUGGCAAUUGGUGGAAAUUCUGGGAUGGUGCAUCCAUCGACUGGCUACAUGGUGGCGCGAACAAUGGCUCUCGCCCCAAUUCUUGCUGAAGCCAUUGCUGAAUGCCUUGGUUCAACCAGAAUGAUAAGAGGGACACUGCUUUAUCAUAAGGCGUGGAAUGGCUUAUGGCCCGCUGAGAGAAGAUGCACCAGGGAAUGUUUCAGAUUUGGGAUGGAGUUUCUACUAAAACUCGAUUUGAAUGGGAUGAGGAAAUUUUUCGAUGCUUUCUUUGGUCUUGAACCUCAUUACUGGCAAGGAUAUUUGUCCUCAAGAUUAUCUGUUGGAGAGCUUGCUAUGCUUAGUCUCUCUUUAUUUGGGCAUGCCUCAAAUUCCUCCAAGUUAGAUAUUGUGACAAAAUGCCCUGCUCCCCUGGUUAAAUUGAUGGGCAAUCUGGCACUUGAAACCAUUUGA